CGCGAAUUGAACGAAUGGCGCUGCGGCGGCCAUAUAUCGAUAAAGCAAGUACCGUCUCACACGUUCAUCGGGCCCCGUUUCUUCUCGCAUCUGUAAUUCUUGAUAAAUUUCGCAAAAAUUCUAGACAAUUUUAUUCCACUAUGCUCUACAUUCAUCUUAGCUGUGUGGGAGUGUCGGGAUAAAAUUCCCAUAUUCAAAUAUGCGGUCGAUCGAUCGUUAACCGGAACCCAAAUCGAGCCAACGUCGGUGGCGCGACGGGACGCUACUGUUGGCCACGACUACUGCCACGAUGGCCGAGGAGGCUGACACAAACGAUAACGCGACGAUGGAAAGUAUAGCGCAAAACAUAUCGGAGGUCGGUGGCACCGGUGACUGCGACGACGGUGGCGAUGGUUCGCCGAGUACGACGACGGGCGAGGUGGGUGCGUUGCAGUUCCAGGCGUCGCAGGUGAUCGCGCGGUUGGAGCGGGCGGUGGAACGGGCGGCCGACGGCGGCGGCACCACGUGGAACAACCCCUCAGGAUUCCUGACGCAGCCAAAGAAACCGGACGAAAUAUUGGUGUUGAUACAGGAUUUGGUAGUUUACGAGGAUGCUCCGCAUCCAGUCGAGACAGGAUUCACGGAUUCACCUAUCAGUCAGAUCACCCCUUUGCCAGCUCUAAGCGAAGCGGCGAAAUUGGCCUUAAUCACGCACACCGUUUCGGCUUACGCGGUAGCGCUACCGAAGCCACACGCGCAGAAGCUCGCGGGUCGUCUCGCGGCCGACACGACGAGAUGGCUCAGUCACAUCUUCCGUUUCGUGGACUGUGCGUCCUCCUUCCACGAAGAUCAUCUCGAGGGGCUGGUCAGGGUGACUCGACUCGCUCUACAUCGAAAAUACCCACGUUACAUGGAGGAGGGCUUCACCGCCCUAGUGUCUCAACUUCCUUUAAUUUACAGCUCCGUCGCUGCACCCAUGGGUGUCGUUCAGCAUCUGUGCAGACAGCUUUCCUUACCGCUUCAUUGCAUAAGACCAAUCCCGCAUAACACUAUGUUCGGUUCGAGGCAUACUAUGGAUGUCUCAGCGUUGGAACGACGCUUAGCAGAAGACACUCAAUCAAAUAAUGUAACGCCAUUGCUAGUCCUAGCCGAAGCCGGUUCGGUACUAACGGGCCAUUGCGACAAUAUCACGCGAUUACGAGCAAUAUGUGACAAAUAUAAUGUCUGGCUGCAUCUCAGAGGGCAUUCGCUAGCUGCGCUGGCGCUGAACAAUUCAGCGAAGGAUUUGCCGUCGAAAAUAGCGGACAGCAUUACAUUACCGCUCGGAACAUGGCUCGGUAUACCAUCGCUACCAGUGGUCACUUUGUACAGAUUAGCAGAUAUUAAAGGAGGAAGGCCCACUCCGAGAGAUACUACUCUAUCGUUAGUUUCAGGAUUGAUGGCGGAUUCCUUGUCGAGACGAUUACCGACUUUGCCUUUGUGGACUGUUUUACAGGCUUUGGGUCGAGACGGUGUACAUAGUAGAUUUAAAAGAUGUUUCUUGGCUGUGGAAGAGUUGUAUAAUAAAAUUAAAGGGUUCUCUUGUAUUAGAAUAGUGAGUCAACCGCCUGGCAGCGAAACGGAGUCCUACACCUUAAGUGAAUAUUUAGCAAAUCCCGUGAAUAAUUUACAAUUAUUUGAAGUAGUAGCCAACGCAUUAGUUUUCCAAUUCGUAUCUUCGAAUAGGGAUCUUCAAAUCACGGAUCGCGUGCUGCCUUAUUACGAUAAGUUGAAUUCCUGGUUGGGACAAAUUCUUCAGAGGGAUAUUGACAAUAUACAAAUAGAACUUUGUGAUAUAGAACAGUGCGGUAUCGCGAUUCGCAUUUGCCCAUUAGAGAAUCCUGAUCAACCGCCCACAAGCGAAGAUAUAGACAAUUUAGUAACUUUCCUUGAACAACAAAUAGAAAUAUUGCUGGCAACAGUGGAACAUAAAGACACCUUUUUACGUUUAGUCUCAGAAAAUGAUUCUUUACAUUUAGUGGAAAUGCCAGGUUGGGCUGGUCUAGGAGGUGUGCGUUAUGCUCCACCUACCUGGAUUCACGUUAUGACUGAUCAGGCAAAAGAAGAAUUGAAUAAACUGAAUACACAAUUGGUCGAAACUUUGCGCGGCACGGAUGCCGCAUUUUCCCUCGGGGAAGGCGCGGAUGGUUUAGCUUGCGUGCGAUUUGGCAUGGUAACACAAGAUACAGAUGUGGCUGAAUUGUUGUCUUUAGUCUUACAAGUUGGCCAGGAAGUGGAAGCUAGUUCUAAAAUGAUGGAUACUAUCUCCGAAGUAGUUAAGAGAGGUAUCGAAACGGCGCAAACAGAUCUAGAGAGGGAAAACGCAGAGAAACUAUGGCAGGAGGGUAUUCUCAGGCAUGUUCCCGUAGUAGGAACUUUCGUCAAUUGGUGGAGUCCCAUUUCGAAGGAAACAGGUGUCCGCGGCCGCAGUCUAAACUUGCAAGCUGGUGUCGUAGAGAGUACGGAAAAUAUCUACAAGUACCACAUGCAGCUGCAACCUAAUUUCACAAACAGUAAUGGUUCUGGCGCCAGAACUCCGCCUCAGCCUUUAGUGCAAACGCCAGUUGGUGCUAACAGUCAAAGCCACAGUCGAUCGUCGAGUCAUUCUAGCCUGCAAAGUGGUAAGAAUGUACCUUUAAUAAGCAAUGUCAGUUCCCAGCUGCAAGUAAAGGAAGAAUGCACGCAAACGAAGUCGUAGUAAACAUUGUACUACUUUCGAUAAAUCAACGACACAUCGUUUCAAGUUGUUAAACUUGGAAUAAAAAUGCUUUCUGAAACGCUAAAACGUUCCCUCUAGGAGGUGCAGUCUUUAGCGAAAUAUUAAACCGUAACUUGUAUAACUUAUCGAUUGGGUUAAAUAGAACGAGAUGCGUGUAACGGUUUAAUUUUAUCCUGCUACUGAUACUUCUGACUGGCUGUUUCUCGCCGAAGAUAUUUCUUGCUUUUACGUAUAUAAAUAAUACCUUCGCAAACAUUUUCCGCAAAUUUCGUAAACUUUCUUUAUUAUUCGUGUUAUUAAGCGAGCAUGACUUAAUCAUGGGGUGGUCCAUGUACUUACUAGAUACCACAUAGCAGCCUCGCUCUUAUAAUAAAUUCAUAAGUUUUACUGAAAUACCUCUUGUGGGCACAAUGGCCAGAAUAACAUAAUUUUCUCUUUUUCUCAUAUUUUAUUAAUACCAAUUCGAUAGCUAAUCUAUAGAAGAAUA